GUCCAAACAAAAUUCUCAAUUCUCAGGUGACACAUUCCGGAAGUGAAAAAGUAACAACCACACCGUAAAGAGGAACUUCAUCUACAUUAUAUUUAUCUCCAAUUUCUGCUGCGAACGGACUGAAUAAAGUUGAAUGUAAACCCCUUCAGAUCCUGAUAACAAUGGAGAUGCGCAAUAUGUUGUGGAAAAUGGGCUCACUAGGAAAGCAAAAUUUAGCCAUGUUGAAUACAAAUUGUCUGUCACUGAACAGAUCAUUGAGUCAAUGCACCUGCCUAUGGAUAAGAUGGACAAACAGAAACUUAAAUACAUUUUGCAAAGGCAACAAUAUAUAUUUACGUUUACAUUUACGCCCUAUGACGACUACAUCAAGAAGAAUUUUGAGUGUAUUUUCAAUACCAAAAAAGAUGUUUGCAACCUCCAGUAAACUUAGGAACUUUGGGGUUGAUCAACAUGAAGAUGAGUAUGAGGCACCAGUAUCUGACAGAGGGAUGAAUUUGAGAUACCAUGUGGAAAAUGGAUACCUGUCGUGGAUGCGGAACACAUACAUGGCGACUCUGGCUGGAAUGACAGUGAUGAAUUUGGAGAUCGCUUCCAUCCCGCAGACAAUCGGAGCAGUUAUCCUGCUGAUUGGAGGCAUGAAUGUUACGGCGGGUACGUUCGGCUAUCUAUACGGUACCCACUCCCUCGUGAAGCGCGGCCACCUGUCAAAGACCAUGUCCCGACUGUGCCAGUUGUUUGCCCUCCUUCAUUUCGUUGCCUGGUACAUCGCCUUCACAAUGCUGUUUCCCGAGUUGGACAAGGUUGAUCAGGAGUUAGACAAAAUGGAAAAAGAACUCUGAACAGUGCUUUUGUAAAUGGUCAUAUUCGGUGCAAAAUGGAAGUAGGAUUUCCAUGUUAAUGAGCAAAACUCUAAUCUUUGUUACAGGGCUUUCGUUAAAGGAAGUUUUGAAGUAUACAACUCACAAGAAAUAGGUUAAAACUUCCAAAUUUUGAAGAAAACUUCCAAAGUCAAAAGCUUGGAAGUUCAAAAUAUCGAAACCUGGUGUCAAUAUUACUUUAAUGCUCACAAACAGUCUUGAAGUUAAAUGAAUUAUUAUGACAUAAAUCUGUGAAACUGGCUAGAUAUAAUUAUAUCUUCAAAUUAUUUUAUUUUUAACAUACCAAUACUGAAAAAAGAAGAAAUUGUAUUCGGGGAAACUUAAACUAUAAAAUUUCAUUGAAAAACUUCUAAUAUUGAUGGUCAGGAAGUUCAUACUUCCAGUUUUAAAUUCUUAAGGAAGCCCUCUUUGUUACUAGCCUUGAUGAAAAGUUACUCAAAGGAACUCUGAAUGGAAUUGUUUUUCCAGGGAGGGAUAUGUUAUGUCAAAGGUGGUGGUUUAUUUAUGACACUAGCUUUGAUUAACAGAAAUCCGGGGCCUUAUUCAGGAUAAUACUACCGGGUAAUCAUUAUCCUCUCUGGUUCCAUGUAGUCUUUAGCCAACUAAUUUUCACAACCCAUCAAUUCCAGUCUUAAAUUUUAGUUAAACCUAAGAUGGUUAUUAAAUACCAUGAUAAGUGUAUUUUGUGAUCAGUUAAAGAAAGUAGACAUUUGAUUAGGAAAUAAUGACGAAAAUCCAUGGAAAUCAGUUAGAUAAGACUGCUGACAAAAAAUAGAUCACAGAUUUUUAUAUUUAAUUUCAAAAAUUGAUGUUUUAUGCAUUUUUCUUAAACCUUUAGUAAAGGUUUAAGCCAUAAAACAUGCAUUUUCCAAUGGAAUUUUUUUUUCAGCAACCUUAUAUCAUUGGUUUGUAGAUAUCUACGCAAAAAAUUGCCCUUUCCAAAACAAAAAAUAACAAAAGUUAUAAUGUGUGUUCUGCACAUUGUCUCAUUGUGGUGAGCAUUCGUCUAGAGUUUCAUGAAAUUUAUGAUUCAAACUUGUGUUCUUGAACUGUGCAUUUAAGCUAGCUCAUCUUAAAUGUAUGAUGUACACGUCAUUGCCAUGUGAUAAACAUUUGAUCCAAGUUUCAUGAAAAUCCAAAAAUUUAGGAGACACGAAAGACGACAGAGAAAAACACAAAAAAACAUCCAUGCUUAGAAUUAUAAGGGACAUGACUAGUGACGUAAAUCAUCUUCUUGAAUGGUGUUUAACUAAUGCUACAUCAAAGUGAUAUCAUCUUGCCCCCUCUACUUAUGUCUUUCUUUAACUGUUUAAACAUCCAGUCUUCAUCUCAAUUUUUCGAACAUCUGUUAAACAAUUAACAUGUUAUACGCUUGUAUUCAGGAGACAACUGUUGAGAAUAAAUUUUACCAAUUGAUUGUUAUAGUCUGAUCAGGGAUUUAUUCAACUGUUCGACUUGUAUGAAAUUUUAAUGGGUAAUUAUGUUGAACACGUAUGACUUUUCUGAUCAACACAAUAAAAAGAAAAGCAUUUGAUUUGCGUAAAUAUAAAAAACAAGCUAUAUUUUGUCGCUUUUUGUAAUGGGUAAUUUGUGGCCACAUAGCCAUUUAUAGAAAAACACUGAUUUAGAAAAGCUAAUAUUUGUUUACAAAAGUUAGAGAAGUAUUAUUUCAGUAUGGAUUUAGCUACGUCUGGUUAUGGCAAGACGUAGGCGACAUUAAUACUUUCAACGCACAAUUUAAACUUCGCUUAAUCGACUUUAUGACUCAGGGGUGGCAUGACACCGUUAAUACAUCUUCAAGAUGCGAUCUCUAUAAACAUGUUAAAUCCUUACUCAAUCCCAAAAAAUAUCUUUCCAUAAACUUGUCACAUAAAUUUGUUCGUGCGCUUGUGCGAUUUAGGUGUUCAAGUCACUGGUUAAAUAUCGAAGUUGGCUGGCAUCUUAACAUAUAAGGAAAUGACGGAAUAUGUGCGUCCUGCUUAAUCAACGAGAAAGGCUUUUAUUAGAAGAUGAAUUUCAUGCGUUUUUCAUAUGCCGGAGGUUCUUUACUGUAAGAAAUCAGUUUUUAUAUAGCUGGUACACGGGUCGAUCUGACCUACAUGCCUUUUACAGACUCCUACAGUCGGAUAUAGUGGCAAUAUUUAUUUUUUACUUGUUAAUUUGUAUACAAUUUGUAUUAAGCAAUGACACCACUGUAUUGUAAUUAAUGAUGUAUAUAUAAUAGUACCGGUAUGUAUUUUGGGUCGGAGGCUUUUAUGUAAUGAAUAAAGUUGAGUGGAGUUACUAAACAUAUUGUAUUUUUACAUGAACCUAUAUUGUACCCCUUCAAGUAUGCAUUAGAUUGUACAUUGUAUUGCAUUUGUUCCAAUUGAAAUGUUGUGACAUGGUUAUUUUGUUAUAAAUUUAAAAUAUUCCUUGAAAUAAAAGAAAAGUUAAUGA